CGAUAAAUAUUCCAGAGAGGGGUCCUCAACACUCAACGGCUGUGUUGUGAAGAGAGUUGUGUGGCUGUGUGAGACCGCUUUAGUCUAGAAUGUCUAAAAGAAAAAACAGCUCUGUCAGUGAAAGCCUCAACAAACGGGUCAGAGCUGUGGAGGAAGAAGAUGACGAUAAUGACAAUGUUGAUGAUAACGACCAGGACGACCCUGUUUUGAGCCAGGUCCAAGAUGGUGGUAGUGGUGGUGAUGAUGUAGUGAGAGAUGCAGGGAUUGUGGAGAGCAUCACCUUAAAGAACUUCAUGUGCCACACACUCCUCGGCCCAUUCGCCUUUGGUUCCAAUGUCAACUUUGUUGUCGGCAACAAUGGAAGUGGGAAGAGUGCCGUCUUGACUGCUCUCAUAGUUGCUCUAGGUGGCAAUGCACAGGCUACAAACAGAGGAUCAUCCCUCAAAGGUUUUGUCAAAGAAGGAGAAAGCUCAGCUGAUGUGUCGGUUACCCUGCGUAACAGAGGAAAGGAUGCUUACAAACCUGAAGUGUUUGGUCCAGCCAUCACUGUAGACCUCAGAAUAACACGAGAGGGGUUGAGAACCUAUAAACUGAAGAGCAAGUCAGGUCAAGUUGUCUCAACAAAGAAGGAAGAGCUUAUGUCCAUGCUGGACAAUUUUAAUAUUCAGGUCAACAAUCCUAUUUCAGUUCUGACUCAAGAGAUGAGCAAAUACUUCUUACAUUCAAAAGGAGAAGGGGACAAGUACAAGUUUUUUAUGAAAGCCACACAACUGGACCAGAUGAGAGAGGACUUUGUUUACAUCAAAAGCACCAAGCAUGUCACUGCUGAUAAAGUGGAGCAACACAGUGAACACUUGAAAGAUAUAAAGCAGAAUUAUCGUGAAAAAGAGGAAUGUUACAAGAGCCUGACAUCUCUUGACGAAAUGUCCACCAAACUGGAGGAGUUACGGAAGCAGAUGGCUUGGGCUUUGGUGACCGAAAUGGAGAAGGAGUUGGAGCCGAUGAAGGAAAAGCUGCAGUUGGACAGAAAGUCCACAGAGAAAUAUGAUGAGAAAGUUGAUGAGUGGAAGCAUAAGGUUGAGGAGUCUGAGAAGAAGUACAAACAGAUUCAGGAACAGUUGGAGGGGAUCACCCAACAGGUCCAGGACCUCCAGCCCAGAUGCACCGAGCUUAAGGCUGAGGCGCAAAGACGUAAUACUCUUCUCAAGUCCUGUGAGGUAACUGUCCACCGAUGCAAAGCUAACCUGAGGGACCUGGAAAAGGACAAGGCUCAGUUGUCCACAAGGAUCAAUGAUCUCAAGCUAAGCAUCAGUCAGACCACAGGAGCAGAGAGUCAAGCCAGGACAGAGCAUAUGGAGCAGAUAAAGGCUGAGCUGGAGAACAUAACACACCACAUCUCCACUCUGAGCCAGCAGACUGACCAGUAUCAACAUGCCUGCACCCGAUUAAAGGAAGAACAUGGAAAGAUUGGGAGAGAACUGGCAGUACUGCAAAAGUCUAUCGAUGCCAACGAAAGAAACGUGCGGACUCUGGAAAGCAGUCGCUCCAAUCGGCUGCGGCGUUUCGGAGAGCACAUGCCUGCACUGCUCACUGCCAUUGAGGAGGCUCACAAAAGGGGCCAGUUCAAGCAAAAACCCAGAGGACCUCUGGGUUACCUAAUUAGCCUAAAGGAUCCUGAGCUGGCCUUGGCUGUAGAAGUUUGUCUUAAAGGGCAGCUGCAGGCCUUCACCUGUGACAAUUAUGAAGAUGAGAAGGUACUACAGGGACUCAUGGCUAGAGCGUACCAAGGUGGUCGCAGACCAACCAUCAUUACCAGCCAAUUCAUCCCUCGACUCCAUGAUACGACGAGGAGGGCUGUGAAUCACCCUCAAUAUCCCUCAGUGCUUCAAGCUCUGGAGAUUGAGGACCACAUUGUCGCAAACUGCCUGAUAGAUCAGCGGGGCAUAGAAAGUAUUCUACUCAUUAAGAAUCGAACAGAGGCUCGGCGAGUGAUGCAGAGCAGAAACCCUCCCCAGAACUGUUACCUGGCCUUCUCUAAAGACGGAGAUCAGAUCGACAACAGCCGCAGUUAUACCGCUGAUCAGACCAGAGCCAACUACCUCUCUGGAGAUGUUGAAGAGGAAAUCAGACAUUUGCAGAAGGAGAUAGAGAACCAGAAAGCUCAGGCAACUCGUAUCCAGCAACAGAUAAAAAAGAUAAAUGAAGACAUCAAACAGAAUGAAGGGCUGCUGAGGAGAACUUACAUGGAGCAGAAGACGACUAAAGAUAAAGCCACAAAACUACAGCUGGAGCUAAGUGACCUGCAGAAUGUGGAAGAGCCUCAGUCGGAGGACUUAAACCCUCUGGAGGAGGAACUUCAGGAGAUAAUUACAAAGAUUGCAUCCAAGCGUGCCGAGUACGAGGAGACGAGAAAUCAGAUGGCCAACCUCAGGACUUCCUACGAGGAGGCAGAGCAGGAGUACAAGCGACACAAAGAGCAGAUCAACACCAUCCGAGAGGAAGCUGAUCCAAUCAAGGAUGAGCUGAGUAAAACUGACCAGGAUGUGAUGAAGUGCAAGCAUCACAAAAAACACUACGAAGAGAAGCGCAGCACCCAUCUCCACAACAUCCAGACCCUCGAAGCCAACGUGAAAAGCAAGGAGCAGGAACAUCAGGCAUCUGUAGCCAAGGCUACAGAAAUCUCCCCAGAGCGCGUGGAAGUGCGUCGCACGGCCAAAAGUCUGGACAGUGAGAUCACUCGUCUGAAAGCUAAGAUCUCGUCCCAGCAGGAACAACAAGGUGACCGUGAGGAGAUUGUAAGACAGUACCACGAGGCUCUGGAGAGCUACAAGAACCUCACACAUCAAGUGAAGAACCUCAACAGCUUCAUCAAAUGCCUGGACAAUGUGAUGAACCGCAGACUGUAUGUUUACGCCGAGCUCAGGAGAUUCCUCUCUGCCCGCUGUAAAUACUACUUUGACAGCAUGUUGAAACAGAGGGGCUACACUGGAAGUAUGACCUUUGAUCACAAGAACGAAACGCUCUCCAUUUCAGUUCAGCCAGGCCAGGGAAGCGGGACUGACCUGAGAGACAUGCGUUCUCUGUCUGGAGGCGAGCGCUCCUUCUCCACUGUUUGCUUCGUGCUCUCUCUUUGGGCCAUCACAGAGGCGCCUUUCCGCUGCCUCGAUGAGUUUGACGUUUACAUGGACAUGGUGAACAGGAGGAUAUCAAUGGACAUGAUGCUGAAAGUGGCUGCUGGUCAACGCAAAAGGCAGUUUAUAUUCCUCACUCCACAAAGCAUGAGCACUCUUCCUGUAAGCGAAAACACCCACAUCUUACGAAUGAAAGAUCCAGACCGGAGCCACAAUGACUCGCCAACAAAUCAUGACAACCACCAGUAGCGUUGCUAGUUUAUUUCACCAUCAGAGAGUUGCUUAAUACUUAAAGCCUAUCAUUGUAAAAAAAAAAAAAGAAAUGCAGCCACAUCUAUUUUAUUCAUAAAGUGGGCUUUGUGGGUUUUGUUAGUAAAUAAGUUUACUGUUCAGAGAUAGCAUAUUAAAUGUUUCCUAUAAGAUUGGAUUACAUUCAGGGUUUUGUACAGAGCGCAAGUAUUUUGUAUCUUUUUUUUUUUCUUU